UCUUUGAGAAACUAAAAAGCGCCCUACAGCAUUCCCUAGUUUUCUCCGCUGCUCCUCCUCCUUCGUGAACCCGGAAGUUAACCCUUCAAACCCGACAGUGCGCAUGUGCAAGCCUCUCGUGUCUUCGACCUCUACUACGAACCGAUACCGAGUCACCUCCAGCUCCUGUGCUUGACCUGAGCCGCUCGUCCCCAUCGUGAUGUUUGCCUGUGCGAAGUUCGUCUCCACGCCCUCUCUGGUCCGUAUUGGAUCUCGGGCACUGUGCAGACCUCUCUCGGCAGCAGUGGUGUCAGAUGCCAGGAAAGCAGAGACGGCCUCACUCCUGGCACCACAGAAUAUUGCAUCCUUCCAGCAGCAGCUGGCAGUGCGCGGUUUCCAGACCAGUGCCGUGAGCCGCGACAUCGACACUGCUGCUAAGUUCAUUGGCGCAGGAGCUGCCACUGUGGGAGUGGCUGGAUCUGGAGCUGGAAUCGGAACCGUGUUCGGUAGUCUUAUCAUUGGAUAUGCCAGGAACCCCUCGCUGAAGCAGCAGCUUUUCUCUUACGCCAUCUUGGGCUUUGCUCUGUCUGAGGCUAUGGGUCUCUUCUGUCUGAUGGUUGCUUUCCUAAUUCUGUUUGCAAUGUAAACCAGUCUGGUGUUUGCUGUAAAGGGAUAUGCAUCACAAUGUAAGCAAGAACUACUAGUUGGAGAUGUCCUUCAAUGAUCUCAUCUGACAAACCCAAAUUUGUCAUUAUAUUGUAUAUUUAAUCAAAUGUUUUUGUUCACAAAAGAAGUAACCAAUAACAGAAGUAAAAGAAUUAAUGGUCAAA